UAUGAUCAAACAGCGCUUAAUGCAGCUGAGACCACGGCAGUUUUCAGCACAUCAUAUAUAACUUCCACCAAUCUCAUGUUGCGUUUUUUUGGCAAGCUGUAUGUUAUCGUAACAAGCUCUUGUGUUGCAAAACCAGAAUCACGCAUAAACAAUCGCAUACUGCUGUUUCCACGGAUUAACGCCAUACAAUUCAGGUGGGCAUUCGGAGUGCUACUCUUCGAGAUCAUCACUCUAGGCGGCUCUCCUUACCCGUUGACUCCUCCUGAGGAUAUGCUUCAAUAUCUCGAAGGUGGUGGACGAAUGGAGCGCCCGGAUAAUUGUCCGGAGAACUUGUGGGUUUUAGCAGUUUAUGAAGUCAUGGUCGAGUGUUGGAAACUCGACCCUGAGGAGCGUCCAAACUUCUUGACAAUUCGCCAAAAAUUGGCU